UAACACGCACUGCACUUAGCAAUACCUGCUUCCACCCAGCCGGGGGUGGGGCGUGAGUGCCGGCUUCUCCCCCCUGCCGAUGGAUGCUCUGGCCAGCAGCCCCCUUGGGUGGCUCUGCGCAGGUGUCUCCACGCUUGCUGGGGUCACCAUGCUCUGCACGGCCCAGAGGAGCCCGCAGGACAAAGCAAAGGUGCUGCUCUGGAGCCUCCUGCCCGCCUUGCUGGGGCUGCUGUGUGUGGCCCCGCUGGGGGCUGGCGGGGGGCUGGGGGUGUUCGUGGCCGUGUGCCUCGUCUGCUCCGUGUGCCUGGCGGACAGGGAGCUGCUGCCCGUGGGGGACAGAGCCGUGUUCAUCACAGGAAGCGACACUGGGAUUGGACAUGCACUGGCUAAAUACCUGGACAGCCUGGGCUUUGUUGUGUUUGCUGGGGUUUUGAACGAGGAUGGCCCUGGAGCUGAGGAGCUGCGGAGGACCUGUUCCCAGAGACUCUGUGUCCUGCAGCUGGAUAUCACCAAUGCCACUCAAGUGAAGGAGGCCUAUCUGAAAGUCUCAGAGAAAGUGCAAAACGCAGGACUCUGGGGUGUUGUGAACAAUGCAGGAAUCCUGGGCUUCCCUGCUGAUGGAGAGCUGCUCCCCAUGAGCAUCUACAGGCACUGCAUGGAGGUGAAUUUCUUUGGGGCUGUGGAGGUGUCCAAGACCUUUUUGCCGUUGCUCCGGAAAUCACAGGGGAGGCUGGUGAACAUAUCCAGCAUGGCAGGAGGCAUUCCACUACCGAUGUAUGCUGCGUACGGGGCAUCCAAAGCAGCUCUGUCCAUGUUUUCUGGAGUAAUGAGGCAAGAGCUUUCCAAAUGGGGCAUUAAAGUUGCAGCAAUUCAUCCAUCAGGCUUCAGAACAGGUAUCCAAGGCACAUCUGAGCAAUGGGAUAAGCAAGAGAAGGAGCUGCUGGAGAACCUCCCGGCAGACACCAGGCAGACCUAUGGAGAGGAGUAUUUCCUGGGGCUGAGGAAGUACCUCCUCGACAUGCCCUCCCACUGUGCCCCUGACCUUUCCCCUGUGCUGGAUGCUGUCCUGCAUGCUCUGCUGGCCAGGAGACCCCAGGGCCUCUACACCCCUGGCAAGGGGGCUUACAUCCCCUUCUGCAUCUUCUGCUACUUCCCCCUCUGGUUCUAUGACUUCUUCAUUAGUAAGAUGCUGAGUGCUGGCCCUGUUCCAAGGAAGCUGAGAACAUCACGAGAUGAAGGCAGGAACCUCUGAGGUGUCCACUGGUGUUUAUGUCACUGGAUGAGAUAGGUGGGAAGAACUCUCUAAGACACUGCUACUUAUUGUGCUGUCUUUGUUAAGUUGCAUUGACACUGCCUUGCAAAUCUUUGUGUUAAGAGCAAUGUUUGGGAAAAGCAGUGGAUAAACAUAAAUAGGAAGCUCUUCCCAGAUGGGGGCAUUUUUUGAGGAAUUUCAGUGUUUUUCUGACGUCUUUGUAUCCUGCUUUCUGUGCAAGGUACCUCAUGAAAUUAUGCAGCUCCUGCCUGCUUCAAAAGGCAUCAACAGCACACAGAGAGAUAUGUGACAUGUUUUUUUAAAGCAAAACAAAACCCCUUGAGAGUCAACAACCUUAAAUCUUGUAAGAAGUUAAAUAUAUUCCUAUUGUUGAAGAGACUUAGAGCUGUGUAAUGCAAGUCUUUUUCUCUUCAGCUUCAGCCUAAUAUGUUUGGGAUUUGGUGUUUUGGUUCUUUUGCUGUUGAAUCUGAGAAAUGAUUGUCCUUUUCCCCCCCAAGUUUUGUGAUGUAUAGUAUUAAAGCUUAUGAUGUGUUCUCUUUGCGAGAUUAAGCAACAUAAAUUUAGAUGGGGGGGAAAAAAAUGAAUGCAAACAGAUCAAGAUGUUUAUGAAUAAAUAUAUAUAUAUAAAUAAUUUCCUUCCUUCAGUAAUAGAAAUAGUCAUAGUGAGUGUAUCAGCUGCUAAUUUGAUCUGUCUGGGUCAUUCUGUGCAUUGCCUGUAUAUGCCUGUGCUUAUCUAAUUGUUACUAAACUCUAGUGUCACUUCUGCUUUUUGUACAAUUCCUUACUCAAGUCUGGGUUUACGUGGAACUCAUGUUUUUGCCCAUUUCUCCUGAUACCUUCUUACGUCUCUGCUUUGGGAUGAGUUUGUGCUCACUCAUCUAAGAUCAGUCAGUGAUUCAAGUGGCUUUGCUGAGCCCAGUGUCCAACUUCUGAUAGACUGGGGUCACUCCUCUUCCCUAAUUCCAUGCCAGGAGCAGCAGGUGCCCUCCCUGGUGCCCUUUACCAUAAACCCCUCACCAGUGGCAAGUGGUUGGGCAGCUCACCUGUAUUUUUCCUACCUUACUGCCUUUUUGCAUUGUCUGUCACAUCCCUGGGCUUUGAAGGCUGUGAUAUUUUGAAAGAAAUCCUCAUCCCCCUGCGUCCCAUGGUUUGGCCAUGUGUUCUGUCUUUUACAAGAUGCAUUUCUUUUCCAGUGAUGAAAAAUUAAAAGUGAUCCCAUUCUGGGCUUUAAAUGUAGACAUACCUUUUUCCUUUCCUUUCUGAGCAACUUCUAACUCUUCUGUCAUAAUCCUACGCUGUGCUGUGCUCUUGCACCCAACUGGCCAAAAUCACUAUUUAAUUUGCAGCUAUGGUAUUUAUUCCAUCACUACUGUGUCUGUCAGAUCAAUGCAAGACUCCUGUAAAUGCACAGAGGAUGCUCAGAGGGCUUGGGCCAUCAUUUGAAUCUGUGUCCAGUGGGGGAGUCCUCCUGUCCUGUACAUUUUGUCACAACUGCUGCUUUUGCUGCUGAAGUUUAUCACCUGCUGGGUUUGUAUCAGUGCCCUGAUUGCAGACUUUUGCUUUCCUUGGAGGAAGUGUGCUCAGUGUUUUGAACUCAGGAAAUCUGAGACUAAUUCUCUCUCUCUUUGCCAAUUUCUUCCUUUAUCUAUUUCCCUAAUUUUUUAUGUGUCACCAAAAACGUGUAAUAAAAAAAUAUAAUAUUUAGUAACCA